UAUGGUUUAUCCUCGGGCUGUGACGACGAUGACGUUGUCGUGUCGUCACUUCGAAUUAAAAAAUGGCGGCCGAAUCAAGUAGGCUCGAGUAGCAGCGAGUCGGGGGAGAAGAAAAGAUCUCGCAAUAGUUGGUCAAAAGUAUGCACCAGCACAUUAAGAGGAGGCACCCGGGAGCUGCUUGUGUUAAGGAGAAGACACCAACCACAGGUACCAGUGAUGCUCGCACACAGGGAGAUUUGGAGUCAAGUGUUCCAAAACAAAGUCAGAAGCCAACUAUGUUCAAAAUCGAGGGAAUAACCUGGAAGAGGACACUGUGCCGCAUCCUGGAGGAGCUUAACAAUCGACAGUUUCAAAAACUCUUGAUGGAACAUCUAGAAAAAAUCCCUCAAAGCCUGAAGGUGUCCGUGUCCUGCAGUCAGAUGUCUCAGUUGAUUGUGGAGCAUUACGGCGAGGAGAAGUCCAUCAUCCACAUCCACAAAGCCAUGAAUGACAUUCCCAGGAGAGACGAGGCAGUCAUGUCUCUGCUCCUCCCCUACGUCCACAAGGUCAAAGAGUUGCAGCGGGAGCGAACUGAGGCGAGGAAGCUGAAGAAUGGCACAAGGACGCAGACGAAAACUUCAGCAGAUGUGCCCCCUAGGCGGCAUGCUGAGAAAAUCAAAAGGCCCGCUACUGAUGAUAAAGAUGGGUCAAAAGCUUUGCAGGUCUUGCAACCGGCCCCUGUGGAGCCGUGGAGAAUGAGCAUCCGGGACCUGAAGAGAGGCGACCAGCUAGCCGACAAGGUUCUCGCCUGCAAGGUGGUCAAAAAGACGGCACUGCGCACUUAUCGGACCCAAGACAACACAAAAAAGUGGUUCUUCUACUUGGGUGUGACCGACGGGACGGACAGUAUCAAAGUGAUGGUCUACGGAGGAGACCAGCGCUACCAGGAGCUAGAGGAGGGCAACUACUUCUUCUUCCGAGAUGUACUGAUGGAGAAGGACAUGAUCAAGCUGACCAGUCGCAGCAGCGUGUCCCGGACCACUGCCUUCGCUGUUCCUGAGCGGCUGGAGAUGGAAGCUUGCUUGCUGCUCUCCCCCCAGUGUACACCUGGCUCCAUCGCGCAGGCCAAGAUGGCAGCAGACAAAUCCUUUGUGGGCGUCACAGGCACUGUGAUAGCGAUCGAGCCCCUCAAACACUCCAAGUUUCGCGGCCAGGAGAAAGAAUUCCAAGAGUUGACCCUGAUGGACCGAGCAGACUCCAUUAGUGUCUGCUUGUGGGAGGACGCCGUCAGGCAGCUGGACGGGCUGUCGCUGAUGGACAAGGUCCAGGUGACCAACGUCAAAAAGAAUUGCUUUAGUGGGCGUGUGACACUCGGCUCCACUGUGAACACUCAAAUCUUCAAGGUUGAAUCCACACCCCACCUUUCAGUCCUCUUGGUCGGAAUCAGGAUACACAACAUGUCUAAGAUGCGCCUUGACGCCAAGGUCGACGAUCAGGUGCUGACUCUCAUGGCCGACCCGGCUCUUGUAGCAGAGGCCUGUGGCGAGCAACUGGAUGAUCAUUUUGAAGACAAGCUUCUGAGCAAACUUCCUCUGUCAUCCAUUGUAGAGCUAGCAGGAAAUGAUGUCAAAGCCAUGACAACCAAUACAUAAAUUUUAAUCUGUAAUUCUUGUGUACAAAUUUGAGAUGAUGCAAAGAUGAUGAUGCAAAUUUUCUCCUUCUCUCUCAAGUUUAUUUGCACACGAACACUUCAAUGCACGACUUACUGACAUCCACACUUUCUGUCAUGUUUCUAAGUGGAACAUUUCAUUUCAAGGUUGGGGAAUGAUGUAAUGUCAAACAUUUACACAAAAAAUAAAUAAUGCGACAUUGUUCCCUGGCUGUUUUCAGCCAAUCAGCUUGUCGUUCCGAGAGUGGGGGGUAGGCUUAUUAUGUGACCAUGUAUUCCUGACGUUUGUUGAGACGGACCUGGCACAGC